CUCGACUUGGAUUGAUUGCUCCCCCGACCAGCGAAUCCGCCUGCAAACACCGCCCCUUGUGGAAUCAGUCCCUGCACCCAACCCAUCCCAGCCAGCUCAUCCCGUCCGCUCCUCUCUUUUCACGCUCGCUCUCCCCUCGCGCACCUUCCGCUCACUCGUCACAGUCUUUCCUUCCCUGCAUCGUUUCGGGGCCGUCGUUCCUCGAUCGCCGGCUCAGCAUCGCCUGCCAUGGGAGCCAGCCAGACAAAACCGGCAUCGCCCACCGAUCGUCGUUCGCUAACAUCCUUCGCGAGCCGCGAUGGCCGAGAUCGCUCAAAACCGACCACCCGCACCUCGCGCCUCGUUGAGAGCCAACGACUCAUAAACUCUCUGGAUCCGCCCACUUCAACAUCAGCAAAAUCCUCCGCAGAGCAGACACCGCCAGUAUCGGCGACACCAGCAUCGGCAACUUCAUCAGCGACAAGGACGAUGACAGCAACAUCGGCAUCGGCAUCGACUGCCCCAAUAUCCAAGCGCGAGUCUGUAUCCACUCGGACGGCCAAACCGAAUGAGCCCAGCUCGACGCCGUCCAAGGGCCGUCGCGGCCGGCAGACCAUUGAAGCCGCUUGUUCGGGUGAGAAGCCCAGCAUGGCCAACUCCAUCCAUGCACCAUCGUCGGCGUCGCCGCCACCAUCGCUCCAUCCCCAGGAGCUCGAGCAGGCGCCCGAUACGUCGGACUCGGCUUCAAAACGGGUCUUUCGUUGCCGCAGCUCGUCGGCCACACUGCUUGGUCUCGGACUCGUCGGCAUUCGCCCGGCCUAUCAGAUUCCAGGCAUUCCCUUCUACGUCGCUGAACCUGGCUCGCUCGCAUCAAGUUGGGAGACCGUCAGCAGCUCAUCGCCUUCGGCUGCAGAACCGGCCGACAGAGAUGAUAGCAACGAUCGACACCCGAGCGAGAUCCCCAGCUUCCACCGCGGCUGUGAUCCAUCCGGCGGUCACGCCGACGGUAGUCAUGGUCGCUAUCUCUAUCCCGAUCCUGAUCUUGAUCUUGACGGCGAAGACGCCGAAGGAGGCGAGGCUGUGGAUGCCAAACGCCGGGUUCUCCCGAAACCAGACCAUGACGCUGUUUCGGAAACAAGCUGCUCCUUCACCUCGGCUCGGUCCAAGUCUUCGCUCGAUCUCUCGGCGAUGUGGUCGCGGAAGACGCUCGGCCUUGGCACCAACAUGCCGAGCAGCGAGUCGUGCUCGGAGAGCAUCUACGCAGACUGCCUUGGAGCCCGCAAAUCCCUAGACGAUGCAGACCAUGCUGCUCAACGGAGUUCGACUCCCUUACCUGAGUCUCAUGUGCGGACUCGAGCGCGAGAGACAGCUGCCGCCGUGACCGAGAAUGCAUCCAUCAAGAAUACCAGUGGCUCAGGAACAGCGUGGCCGGCCUCCGCGGCAUUGGCAUUACCUUCGAUCAGACCACAACUCGGAGAUGGCUCAAGUCACAAUGGCGUGCCGGAGACAGCAGAGUCCCGAACCAGCCGCAAGCGGCGGGGGAAGGGCGCACGAAAGUCCGCUGCCGGUAUCUCCAAGCCAUCAACGGAUUUGGUCCCGGAGCCUCAGUGCAGCGUGCAAGCAACAGUCGCCUCGGUCCGGUCCCGGCCAAAAGGACAGCGAGAUGCAGAUCCACGGUUGCCGGAGCAUUCCGGAGGCGAAAAGCCUGGGCUGAUAGCCCACAGUACCUGGCCCGCAGGCAGGGCCGACAACAUGCCUGCGGAGACCUCGCUAAGCAGUUCGUCUGGCAAACAAAUGGCCAAACAGCGACCUGAAGCUUCGUUCUUGGAGCCUCUAGCCGCAACUGCCUCUCGCCUUGAGGCUGAUCCAAUGCAGGGCUUCCAGAGGCCUGUCAAUUCCCUGGCCACGCGCAAGUCCCGCUUCCGGGCCAUGCGGCAGCCACAGCCGCAGCAGCAACAGCAACAACAACAGCAGCAGCAGCAGCGACCCGAGGACAACACCAAGGACUGGGUGUGCUUCUUCUGUCAAUACGAGAUGCUGUUUGUGGGCAACCCCUGGCUCAUCAAGCGCCGACGCAAGAUCGAGAAGCAGAGAGAGAGGGCUGUCGCUCGAAGUGCCGAAGGCGACUUGGCUCCAGCACGGCAUGAAUCAUAUGAUCAACGACCGCGGCCGCUCCGUGAGCAGCAACAUCCAGCUCCUUCGCUUGGAAUGGCCAACCAGGCCACCUCAACGACCGUCCAAGGUCGGCCAAGCGUUUUUCUUACAGCCGGAUCUCUGCUGUCGCAAGCUCACGGAGCGGACUCCAGCCGCAGACCGCCGUCACACGAGCACAGGGCAGCAGGUCCGGGCCUGUCAUCAACGACCCCAAUCUCGAGCAGUAUGGCCGACAAAUGGCCAUCCGGUCCAGUCCCGGAUCGGCCCUCUCCAACAGACGACCAAGUACCGUGCUCACAAGCUUGUCCGCCUGUGUCUGUUAUGGGUCCCGGCAAGAGCACCAAGAAGCGGCGAACCACGCGAGGCGGCAAAGGGACAUCCCGGCGGAAGUGACCUACACCACCCCCGGGCAACUGGAUGCGCUGUGCUUGUUCCUGUUCUUCUUUUCUUUUACAUUCUGUAGUAUGGCUGUAUAUUCAGGAUGAUAGGAGGCAUGGAGUAGUCCGUGAUUGAUGGAAAUGAUGAUGACAGGGAAGCGUCCGCCACGGCUCGGCUGGGGUCCUAGUUGCGACGGCGCCAUGGUGCGACGAAUACAGCUCUUUCAAAAUGAAG